GGAAGACCUUUGGCAGCGCGUGUUUGUUUGUAGUGCAUGCUGGGUUGUAAGCGGCAGACGAGCGUGAGACCAGGGAAGACGCUCCAUGUUGUUUUCCUCACUGAGGUCAUGAUGAUGGAGUCCAGCCCGCUCACCACGCAUGUGCUCAACACCAGCGACGGCGUCCCCGCAGCCCGGAUGUCCCUUAGUUUGCAUCGCCUGGACUCUGAUAUGAAGAUCUGGACCAUGCUAAGUGUCUCGAUGACCAAUGAGGACGGUCGCUGCCCAGGACUCAUCAGCUGGGAAGCCUUUGUUCCAGGAAUGUACAAGUUACGCUUUGAGACGGGCUCGUACUGGGACAGCCUGGGUCAGAACUCCUUCUAUCCUUACGCUGAGGUGGUGUUCACCAUCUGUGAUUCAAAGCAGAAGAUCCACCUCCCUUUGCUGAUGAGUCGCUUCUCCUACAGCACCUACAGAGGAAGCUGAGCCCCCCAACAACAACCCAUUUUGGAGCGUUAAUGCUUUCAGGUUACAUUUGCUUACUG